AUGUGUAGCUCGGGAUGCAAGCGGAGUAUAUUUUACUUCGUAAUGCUUGCAAUGUUCCAUCCUCCCAUUGCAAGCGGGGACCGUGUUGUCCGAGAUUGGAAGCUGCAACCGGCGUUCUUGAUGCCCCCACCUCUGCUGAGGCAGGGAGGUGCCUUACGAGGAGCAAGUCUUCUCAGUUACAUCCAAACCUCGAAGCUUGUCAUGUCAGGCGAAGUGAAUAUGGGCUCGCAAAUGUCGCAAAGCAAGUUCGACGGUCUGCGUGGAAAACAAUCAAUAGAGACGCAGAUGUCGCCAAGGGCAGGUGAGACAGUUAACAAAGGCGCGGAAGACAACGAAGAGUCAAUGACCAUGCUGACCAAGAUUGAUAGAGGGCCUAGAAAGGAGGAAAAGGUGAAAGUCUUUGGUGCCAGAUUGGACAGCAAAGUUGCUAGCCGGGGCGAGGGGCUGCAAGUUUAUGAGGAAGAUAGAGUUCCAGAUUGGGUUAUGGAGCAGAUACUGAUGGAAUGCAACGGAGACCUCAAAAAGGCAAAGAGCAUGUUGCGUGUGCGCCAGGGCAGACUUGCAAAGGCAGAGGAAUUCUUCAGAUCAGGCGUGAAAAGCUUCGACAAUGGUCAAUACAGAUUAGCAAUCGAGUCCUUCACCAAAGCGAUUCAAAUAUCCCCUGGUGGAGCAGCUAGCCGGGAAGGAGGGCAAUACACAAUUUGGUUGGGUCAAGCCCUUGAUGCAUCUGGACAGCGAGGGAAAGCAGUCCAAACCCUCAGAGCAUUGAUGUCACAUGAGGAUGUGGACGUACGAAGGGUAGCGAAAGGGCUCGAAUACAUUUACACUGCCCCGCAGCUAGACCUGGGGGAGGAAUAUUUUCAAUGGAUUGAUCUUGAGAAAAUUGAUGUCAUCAAAGGAGGAGGAAAAGCAUUGCAAUACUCGAAGCUCGAAAAGAUGCCAGAAAAAUAUUCGUUGGAAUGGUAUAUGCUACAGAAACCUAAGUCUAUGCGACAACAUGAGACUGGGAAAGACGUUCAAGUUGCGCUUGCAGGCACAUUCAUCGUGUUUGCUGGGCUUUUUGCAUAUUCUCAAGCCAUUCCACACUGA